GGUGUCAUGGCGUCCGUCGAGGUGGCAGCGCCUGAAGCUGCCGGGAGGAGCCGCUGAAGCCGCGCUCCGAGCCGGGGAGGGAGUAAUGGCCGGGGCGCUGGGACUCUUUGACUAGGCGCCAGCAGGAGCCCGGUUGUUCCUGCGCGUGCGAGCCGGGCGGGGUGGCAGGAGCCGGCUCUCCGAGCCCAGGCUGCCCAGCCCCCGGGGGAGAUAGCGAGCCGGGGCUGAGCUGUUCUGGGGUCCGGCGCCAACCCUGGUGCGGGUGCUGCCUCGGGGAGGCCUCUGGCCAGCGCUGAGGACAGUUGGGGUCCGUUGAGCAGCAGCGGAGAUGGCCUCCUGGUUAGGGGGCCUGGGCUCGGGGCUGGGCCAGUCCCUGGGGCAGGUAGGGGGCAGCUUGUCCUCCCUUACCGGCCAGAUCUCCAGCUUCACCAAAGACAUCCUGCUGGAGGGCACCGAGGAAGUGGGAGAUGCACCAACAGAACUCCAAGUAUCCAGUUCUAGGCUAAGAGAAAUAGAAAGUACUCAUGCAUCACAGAGAUUGGAGAAUGAGAGACUGAAGAAGGUUUGCAGUGAUCUAGAAGAAAAGCAUGAAGCAGCAGAGCUUCAGAUAAAGCAGUUGUCCAUAGAGUACCGAAAUCAGCUGCAGCAAAGAGAGGUUGAAAUCAGCCAUCUAAAAGCUAGACAGAAUGCACUACAGGAACAAUUGCAGAAGUUGCAGACAGCUGCUCAGUCAGCACAGUUAGGAGCUGGUGUUUUGCCACCAACCACUACAUCAGCUUCCUUUGUUCCAGUGGUUAGACAUCAUUCUUCAGGUUUUCAAGGGGAUGACAUGGACUUUGGAGAUGUAAUCUGGUCCCAGCAAGAAAUAAACAGAUUGUCCAAUGAAGUUUCUAGACUUGAAUCUGAGGUUGACCACUGGAUGCUGAUAGCACAGUCUUCCAGAGUACAAGGAACAAAUAAUGCUGAUCAAAGUGAAAUCUGCAAGCUGCAAAAUAUUAUCAAAGAGCUGAAACAGAAUUUAAGUCAAGAUAUAGAUGAACAUCAGCAUGAGCUUUCAGUAUUACAGGAUGCACAUCGACAGAAACUAGCAGAGAUAAGUCGUCGGCACCGGGAGGAAUUAAGUGAAUAUGAGGAGCGAAUUGAAGAACUUGAAAAUCAGUUACAGCAAGGUGGUGCAGGCAUUGAAAUCACUGAUCAUUCUAAAAUUAGCGACCUGCAAAAGAACAUUCAAAUCCUACAAACUGAAAAACUAGAGGACACACAGAAUAUGAAGGAACUGGAGGAUAAAGUAAAAAAUUUAAAUGAGAAAUUAUCUUCUGUAGAAAAUGAGAACAAAAUCCUGCUGAACGAGAGAGAACUGGUAAAGGUGGAAAACAGCCAAAUAACACAAGAAUAUGAAAGACUGAAAUCUGAGUUUAUUAAGCUUCAAAAUUAUGUUGCAGAACAGGAGACCCUUCUGAAAGAACAGGGGAAAAAACUCCCACUGAUGACAUCGUCAGAGGAAGAAGUGCUCAGACUACAACAAGCACUGUUGGAUGCAGAAAAAGAAAUAAUGAGACUUAAUACCUUAAAUCAGGCUGAUAGUUUUAUUGGUGCAGGAGAAGAUGGUCUAAAGGUUAAAACAGAUACACAAGUUUUAAAAGAAGAAAAUCAUAAACUAGGAAAAGAAAAAGAAGAACUUCAGAAGAAACUGGCAAGUUUACAACAUAAAAAUGAGGAUAUUACAUCUGCGUCUAUUGAAGACACGAAUUUGGAAUUAAAUCAAUUAAGGCAAGAGUUGGAAAGGAAGGAGGAUGAACUCAAAGAAAGUAUUACAGAAAGAGCAACACUAACAGCAGAAUUAGAAGAAUUGGACAAGCAGAAUCAAGAAACUAUGCAGCAUAUGAUUACCCUGAAAGAGCAGCUAUCAAAACAGCAUACAGAAGCUGAUAGUACCAUCAACCAGCUGAAACUUGACAUAGAUUUUGAAAGAAGGAAAGUGUCUGAAGUAGAAGCUGAGAAGAUGGAAAUGAGUAAGGAACUAGAAACCCAGAAAUCAAAAAUGAACCACUGUACAUUUGCACUUAAUGAUUUGCAUAUGAGUAAUCAGCAGCUUCAGCAUAACAUUAAGGAUUUACAAGAACAACUAAAGAAAUCCCAAGAUUGUAACUUGAAUAAUAAAAAGGAAAUUGCAGAAUUGAAGCAAAAUCUGAAACAAAAAGAGGAGGAACUUUCUGUUUCCCAGAAUGAGUUAACAAAGAUAAUUAAUCAAGAACCUAACAGUAACUCUCAAGAUCUUUCACUUAAAGAAAGAGAAGCAGAAAUUGCAAAACUAAAUAAAGACAUUUCAGAAAAUAAACAACUAAAUCGAAAUUUGGAGAAAUCAGUUUGUGAUCUUAAAAUGGAAAAUGGAAAGCUUCUGGCAGUCUGUGAAGAACUAAAACAGCAGUUGCAUGAAGCCUUUGCUGAGAAAAAUAAGGUUUCCCUGGAAAAAGAUACUAUGUUGGAGGUUUUGAAAAUGGAAAAAGGACAGUUGGAAACUGAAUUAAGCCAGACCGAAAAGCGGCUGUUGGAACAAGCACAAAAAUAUGAACAAACCAUUGAGGACCUGUCAAAUGCACGUAACAUGAACACCAAUGCAUUACAGCUUGAACAUGAGCGUCUAGUGAAAUGUAAUCAAGAGAGGGACUUUGAGAUAGCAGAACUCAAAAGAAACAUUGAGCAGAUGGAAGCCGACCAUGAAGAAACUAAAGAGAUGUUGACAACUAGCUUAGGAGGACAAAAGCAGUUGACAGAACUCAUAAAAGAGAAAGAGGUGUUUGUUGAAAAAUUUAAAACUAGAGCUCUAGAGUUGCAACAGGAACUUGAGGAAUAUGUUAAGGAUUCCAAAAAGCAUGAGAUUUUAAGACAACAUUUAGAAGAAAAGGACAAAAGUCUUGCAGCCAUGAAAGAAGAAAACAAUCAUCUGAAAGAAGAGAUUGAAAGACUAAAGGACCAGCAAAGCAGAUCUCCACCUGUGGCUGAGCCUAAAACACUUGAUAUUAUUACUGAACUUGAAGCUGAGAUAACACAGUUACAUGUAAUAAAGAAUAAUCUUGAAGAAGAAAUAAAACUUCACAAAAAAACAAUUGAAGAUCAGAGUCAAAAUACUGUGCAACUUCAACAGUCUUUGCAGGAGCAUAAAAGGGAAAUAGAUGAGUCCAAAUUUCAGUAUGAGCAAAUGAAUGUGUCACAUGAAAAGCUUUUCUUGGAGAAAGAUGAGGAAAUUAAAAGUUUGCAGAAAACAAUUGAACAAAUUAAAACUCAGUUGCACAAUGAGAGGCACGUCUUUCAGACAGACUCCUCUGAUCUCUUUCAAGAAACCAAAGCCCAGACACUUAAUGGAGAAAAUGGCAACGAAAAACAUGACUUGUCUAAGUCUGAAAUUGAAAGACUAGUAAAAGGUAUCAAAGAGAGAGAAAAGGAGAUUAAGCUUCUGAAUGAAAAGAAUGUCGUCUUAACUCAACAAAUUGAUCACUUGUCUAAAGAUCAAGUUGGUAAACUCACUCAGAUCAUCCAAGAGAAAGACUUUGAGUUACAAGCUCUCCAUGCAAGUAUUUCCUCUUCAUCAUAUAGACAGGAUGUUCUGUACCUUCGACAGCAACUGCAAGCCUAUGCCAUGGAAAGAGAACAGGUGCUGGCCGUUUUGAGUGAAAAAACUAGAGAAAACAGUCAGUUAAAAACAGAGUAUCAUAAAAUCAUGGAUAUGGUAGCAGCUAAGGAAACUGCUCUGAUGAAGUUGCAAGAAGAGAACCAAAAAUUAUCUAAUAGGUUUGAAAGUAGCAGCCAAGAUAUGUUUAGAGAGACUAUUCAGAAUUUGUCCCGUAUCAUUCGAGAGAAAGAUAUUGAAAUAGAUGCCUUGAGUCAAAAAUGCCAAACCUUAUUGACUGUCCUACAGACAUCCAACAUAGGUACUGACAGUGGGUCAGGAGGUGUUAACAGUAAUCAGUUUGAGGAGCUUUUACAAGAGCGUGACAAAUUAAAGCAACAAGUAAAGAAGAUGGAAGAGUGGAAGCAACAAGUAAUGACUACAGUCCAGAACAUGCAGCAUGAGUCAGCUCAUCUCCAAGAGGAGCUACACAAGCUUCAGGCACAAAUUUCAGUUGACAGUGAUAGCAGUUCUAAAUUACAGAUGGAUUAUAAUGGCUUGAUCCAGAGUUAUGAGCAGAAUGAGAAAAAAAUGAAAAGUUUUAGUCAGGAGUUAGCACAAGUUCAGCAUCGUAUAGGACAGCUUCAUAAUACCAAGGAUCUUCUUCUGGGAAAACUUGAUAUGGUAACACCGCCUCUACUGAUGGCUUCUUCUGUUUCACAAGCAUCAGAUAUUCCAAGCAGUACUCCUCCUGAAAUAGUCAGUGAUGCGUCGAAACUCCUUCAACAGGAAUUGGAGCAGCUUAAAAAAAUGUUACAAGAAAAAGAUGUGACUAUCAGAAUUCUUAAGGAAAAUAAUCAAAGACUGUCUGAUUCCAUGGCUGCAACAUCAGAGUUAGAAAGAAAGGGACAAAAGGACACUGAUCCGGAGAUGAAGCAGAUAAAGGGAAAAUGUGAUGUUUUCCAGAAGUCACUUAGGGAAAAAGACCUCUUGAUUAAGUCUAAAAGUGAUCAGUUACUUUCUGUAAGUGAAAAUCUUAGUAACAAAGAAAAUGAAAAUGAGCUUUUAAAACAAGCCGUCACUAAUCUUAAAGAAAGAAACCUAAUUUUAGAAAUGGACAUCUGUAAGCUGAAAGAAGAAAAUGAACAAAUAGUAGCAAGAUGCAGGGAGAAAGAAACCGAAUUCCGGGCAUUACAAGAGACUAACAUGCAAUUUUCAAUGAUGCUGAAAGAGAGAGAAUUUGAAUCCCACUCAAUAAAAGAAAAAGCUCUUGCCUUUGAAAAACUAUUGAAAGAAAAAGAACAGGGCAAGAUGGGGGAGUUGAAUCAUCUGUUAAAUGAAGUUAAGUCAAUGCAAGAAAAGGCUGUUUCUUUUCAGCAAGAAAGAGACCAAGUCAUGUUAGCACUCAAACAGAAACAAAUGGACAGCAGUGCCCUACAGAAUGAGGUGCAGCAUUUACGUGAUAAGGAGCAGCGUCUAAACCAGGAACUGGAGAGGUUGCGCAAUCACCUCUUAGAAAUGGAGGACUCCUAUACACAGGAAGCUUUAGCUGCAGAGGACCGAGAGACCAAGCUAAGAAAGAAGGUCAUGGUUUUGGAGGAAAAACUAGUAUCCUCUUCUACUGCAGUGGAAAAUGCCAGCCAUCAAGCUAGUCUGCAGGUGGAAUCCUUGCAAGAGCAGCUGAACCUAGUGUCCAGGCAGAGAGAUGAAACUUUGCUACAGCUUACCAUGUCACAGGAUCAGGUGAAACAGUAUGCACUGUCACUGGCCAACCUGCAGAUGGUACUAGAGCAAUUCCAGCAGGAGGAGAAAGCCAUGUAUUCAGCAGAACUAGAAAAACACCAAAAACAGACUGCAGAAUGGAAAAAAAAAGCUGAAAAGCUAGAAGGGAGGGUUGAGUCUUUACAGGAAAGUUUAGAGGAAGCAAAUGCUGCCUUGGAUGCAGCAUCAAGGCUGACUGAGCAGUUGGAUCUCAAAGAGGAGCAAAUUGAGGACCUUAGGAAACAAGGUGAGAUCAAACAAGAAAUGUUAGAAGAUGCACAAAACAAACUAAUGAACCUUAUAAACAGCACAGAAGGGAAAGUGGACAAGGUCUUGAUGAGAAAUCUCUUCAUUGGGCAUUUUCAUACUCCAAAGAAUAAGCGUCAUGAGGUCUUAAGGUUAAUGGGAAGUAUUUUGGGGAUCAAAAAGGAAGAGCUAGAUCAGUUAUUGUCUGAAGACCAAAAAGGUGUUACCAGAUGGAUGACUGGUUGGCUUGGUGGAGGAGGAGCUGGAUCAAAGAGUGUCCCAAGCACACCUAUAAGACCAACUAAUCAAUCUGUUUUCAAUAGUUCUUUUUCAGAACUGUUUGUGAAGUUCCUUGAAACAGAAUCACGUCCAAACCUUCCCCUACCCACGCUCUCUGUUCAUGAUAUGAAACCUUUAGGAGCAGCAGGAAUUUGUAAUCCUAGUAGUACCAGAUCCAGCAGCCAUACAGAAACUACAGGCUCAGGAACCAGUAGAAGACCAGAUGCGAAUCCAUUCUUGGCACCCCGAUCUGCAGCAGUGCCCCUAAUCACCCCCACUUCUCUUGGAGCUGGUGGAUCGGGGCAUCUGCUUAUGAAAUCUAUUUCUGAUGCCUUGCCUACUUUUACACCACUGCCAGUGUUGCCUGAUGCCAGUGCUGGUGCUGUACUAAAAGACCUCUUGAAACAAUAGAUGAUUCUGAAUCAAUAUUGACGAUGAUAGCACUUUAAGGAAAAUGAGAACUCUAUAUUUUAUAUAAUUGAUCACAAAGAGGCCUUUUGUAAAAAGCUGUGUAUUUGUUUGCAGAUGUACUUGGUUUUUCUUUUAAAUUUAAUUAUGAACUAAAUAGUGCUUUGGAAAUUGUAGGAGUCACAGGAAUAACUGCCUUCUUUGUUCAUAUUGGUUCUGAGGUAGGUUUUAAACUGGAGAAAAAUUAUUCUAUCUCAGUUGUAGAAUUGCAAAACAAACUGUAGGACUCAUAAACACUAGCUGUACUCUGAGUUGUUUCAGGAGUGCAACAGCAAUAUUAACUCUUUGGUAUUGGGGUCAGUUUGUCAAAGAGCACAAUCUGUUAUUGACAAUGGGCAUGUGAGGAACCACCACUGCAAAUUAAUUAAUCCAAAAUUAAUAUAGAAUAAUAUUUGGGGUGUCCAUUCAUGACACAAAUUCCAAAGAAGGAGGUCAGGAAGCAUGUAGGAGCUUGAUUAUUGGAGACAACAAAAAUACUUGCAGUUACCCAACUAUAUUUACGUAAAAACAUAUCCCUCUCUUAAUAAGAGGAUAAGUUGCACCCCAAAUUUUGGGCCACUUUGAGGCACAUCAAUCCUUUUUGUACCAGGAGCUAUAUUUUUCCCAGUCUAAUAGCUGCUUAUGGCAAUCCAAAACCAUCGGCACCAAGGUGUUAAUUCUGGAAACAAAGGAGUUAGAGAAUAUCUUUGAUUUUUUUUCUAAAAACUUCCAUGUGGUGAAUAGCUAUCAAUGGAGAAUUUAAACAGAUCCAUGGGAAUAUUAAUAUAUAUAUACAUGCUGCAGUACUGUAAUGGUUUAAGAUGUAUAUUUAAAAGACUUUUAUCUUGCAGGAUUUGAUUUGAAACAGGUUUAAAGUUUGAACAUAUGUAUAGAACUUAGGUAAAUAGAUGUUUACUUAUCCCAGAUUUGUAAAUAGGUCUAUAUAAGACCGGAGCCAAAGCCAAUUAUUAUGUAAAUGUUGCUGUGAUGAUUUGUACACUUUAUACUACAUGUUGCAGAUAAAGUAUUGAAUUGCAUACUGAAAGUUAAAACUAACCUUCUUAGAAAAACAAUUAAAAUCUGCAACAAAGCUUCUUCGUUUAAAAAUGUCUAGUUUCUAAUCCUGUUUAUGCCAUUCCUUGUUUAGUCGGUGUUAAAGGUGAUUAUUGUGCAAGUUCUAUAUUAGAACUGUCAGCCUUUAAUUCUCUCCAUUUUCAUUACGUACCCUUAGUUUAAAUCGUUGCGAGAGUGAUGUUUAAAUAAAAUUAAUCACAGAAUCUUGUAUAGAAUCUGCCAAAAUAAUGAAUGCAACAAAACUUUUCUUUAUUUAUAUAUAGAUAAAAUGGUAAAAUCCCUUCAUUUCCCUUAAACUGUUCUCUAGAAAAGUUUCUCAAUUUGUUACUCCAGCCUUUACGAAGAAUUCAACUUCGGAAUCACUUUCAUACGAUAAUGACAUUCCCCAAUGUAGCAGAGUUUUAUGGAUUUGAAAUGGAAGGGUAAGGCAAUUUUAGAAGCAGAUCAAUCAUGUUGAAUUUUUGUUUCAGAUCACUAGUAUCUGUUAUAAAAUCUCUAUUAUGGAUAAAUUAAUGAAUGCAUUCAAGUCCUUUGAAAUUUGAUUUCUGAAAGGUCAGUAGGCUUAUUGGAUGUAUGAAAGCAAGUAUUAUGUUGUAUAAGAACUAAAUUUUAAAUUCCUAUUAAAUUUUUGGAUACCUUUGUUGAGAAUAUUCAGGUAGGUUACUUAAAAUGUGUAUUGUCAUUGAAAAACCACCAUCAUGGAAUGGUUAUUUUUUUGUCCAAAAGACUCUAAAGAAAGUUUAAACCAUGUGGUGUAUCUGUGCAAUCUCUUAUAUACGUGUAAUUAUAUUUAUUUCAGGGUGAGCAAUCACUUCAAAUAAAAUCCUUUUGAUGAGCUGAUAUAUACAGAAAUGUUUACCUUUUAAAAAUAAUGUAUUUUAGAGAUUAUUAAUACAAGUGGACACAUGCUGGCAGCUGUCUCCCGAAUUUAGUGGUUGACAGCCACAUUUUGGCUGAUUACUGUUUUUCACAAAAAAAUCAUCUUGAUUUUUAAAAAUUAUAUAGAACUUAAAAUGCACAGAAGUGAAACAAGUUAGCUUCAUAGCUAGCAGGAAAUAAUGCAUAUUGGUACCAUUGACUUCAUUGGGCUUUAGAUCAGGUCUGUUAUGCAAUAGCUUGGUAACUGCCACCUAAAUCUUCCCAUCCUCUGGAAAACUUGGGCAGGGGGCAAAAAUAGUCAGGAAAUGUCAGAGUAUCUAAUUCAUGUUUCUCUUGGAGAAAGGAAAAUGUAUCAAAUUCUAAGAAGCCCAUGGAAUUGCAGAGAUUGCUUCUGUAGGCUUGGGGGUAUCUGUUUAGAGGGACUGUGGUUCCCCCACUGCAUUCCUCCUUGGGAAAUAAUACUGUUCAGUCCAUUAUUUAGCCACUAGAGAGUAAAGAAAGGACUGAGUUGACUUAAUCACACUUCCUGCUGCUAUUGUAAGUAAUGCCCAAGAUUGCUAUUACUGAAAGAUUAGUGGAAAUAUCUUUUCUUUCUCUUUAUUGACUUUAUGCAUUUAAUGAUUCUUUGUACAUAGUCUGUUUCCCAUAUUUACAGGCAAUUAGUUAAUCAGUUUUUCCUGUUAUUUGUGUGGGUCUUUCCCACAGUAGUGGCAAGGGAGAAACAUUUUACAUAGCAAAAAGGUGAGUAUAAAAUCACAAAUUGUCUGUGGGGCUUAGGAGCAGGUGCAGUCCUUGAAACUUCUUUUCACUUUUUCUUAAUGGACUAGAUUUUACGUUUUUAAUUUGACUGUGACCCCAAACCUCCUUUCCCGCAGGAAGAGCUGCAUAGUGAGUGCUCCCCAGGCUUGAUCUUAUAGGCCCUUCUAUUAUCUGCAGUGGGAGAACUACAUGAUGUUAAUGUGAAGAAGCUUUUGGCAGGCUCAAUAUAAAGGGAAAAUCAGAAAUUGCACCAUUUUGGAUUCUUUGCUCAACUCCAUGCUACACAAAUGAAGGGAAGUAUCUGGCACUUCGUAGUAGUUCUGUUGGAAACCAGGGGCAUUAUGCAAUAACUUACAUCUUGCAUUAAAGCUCUUCUGUGCAACUGUAUCUGCAACUGGCUUAUAUCACUGGUGUUCAAUAAAAAUGAACACGACUCGUUUAUCACAGUGUAAACAAACUGUUGGCAGCAACCUAGGUAGACACAACUAAGUCAAAUGGCAACUCAUAAUCUGCAUCUCAUUUACCUUCCUGAUAAUUUAUGCACUUGACAAUGAUUUUUCACUAAUAAUUUGUAACAAGGCAGGCUACUUGAAAGAAGAAUUUAUAAAGCAAUGGUUGACUGAUACAGUUGCAUUAUUAGUACAGAACAAAAUGUCAUUUAACUCCAUAAAUGUUUCUUUCACUUAUAAGUAGGCUUGGAAGAAGGAUUAGUUUAUCGGUAAAUGUUGGUAAAUGUUUAUUUCACUGUUUACACACAAAUCAGAUGAAAAUAAAAUGUCUUGUCAAUGAUAAUUGAAAUUUACAGAUAGGCAAAGUAAGAAAAACACUGCUUGAGAACUUAUUGGACUCAAAACCCAGUGAUUUAGACUUCUGAAUUAGGCUGAUUACAAAUGGACUAGCAAUUGAUUAGUAAAAAUAAGUAUAUGUUGAUAUUUUUAAAAUUAGUAAAAAUA